AUGAACUGGAGACGUUUAUGCUGUUGUUGCCCCUGUAAGGUUCAAGAUCAGAUCAGCGAGAAUAAGAGCAGGGAUUUCCCUUGGGAAAUAUAUACUCUCAAGGAGAUUGUACAUGCAACAAACAACUUCCAUAACGAUAAUAAGAUCGGCGAAGGCGGAUUCGGAAGCGUAUAUUGGGGUCGUACAAGUAAAGGCGUCGAGAUUGCAGUAAAACGACUGAAGGCGAUGAGUGCAAAGGCAGAGAUGGAGUUUACCGUGGAAGUAGAGAUUCUUGGGAGGGCGAGGCAUAAGAAUCUAUUAGGGUUGAGAGGAUUUUAUGCGAGUAGGGACGAAAAAUUAAUAGUCUAUGAUUACAUGCCUAACCAUAGUUUAACAACUCAUCUGCAUGGCCAACUCGCCACCGACUGCCUUCUCGAUUGGUCCCGUAGGAUGCGCAUUGCCGUCGGUUCGGCCGAAGGUCUUGCGUACUUGCAUCAUGAGGCCAAUCCUCAUAUAAUACACAGAGAUAUAAAGGCCAGCAAUGUUCUUUUAGAUGAAAACUUCGAAGCAAAAGUUGCUGAUUUCGGGUUUGCAAAGCUAAUACCGGACGGCGUUACGCAUAUGACGACUAGGGUGAAGGGAACUCUCGGAUAUUUGGCGCCUGAAUAUGCAAUGUGGGGAAAAGUUUCCGAGAGUUGUGAUGUGUAUAGUUUCGGCAUUUUGCUUCUAGAGAUCAUUAGUGCAAAGAAACCAUUGGAGAAACUUCCUACUGGUGUGAAACGUGACAUAGUGCAAUGGGUUACCCCAUAUGUACAAAAGGGUGCAUUUAAUCGAAUUGCAGAUCCGAGGUUGAAGGGGAAAUUUGAUCGAGCCCAGCUUAAGUCGGCGGUGAUGGUGGCAUUGAGAUGCACCGACGGUAAACCGGAGAAUCGGCCUAGCAUGUUGGAAGUAGUGGAGUGGCUAAGGGGUGACGUUGAGAGAAGAAAAGAGGUGACCAAUAUUGAACAUGUGCUUGAGGAAAGCGGACAUGAUGGAACGAAGGUUUUAGAAUAA